GUUUUUUCUCUGAAAUUAUUGCCAUGGAAGCCCCACCUCCAUACCAUCAUGAUUCAUGACCUCACCUUCACAACUUCCACUCCCGGUCCCCACUCCAUCUUAUCACACCUGAUUCUUUAGCGAACCAACUCAAUACAAGUGAGCUAAGGCAAAUUGCUUGCAAAUAUGAUGGAAGUGAUACUGAAGACAGUUUCGUUCACAGGUCUCUCUCAUCUAGGCUUUUAUUCAUAUUGGCAGAAUGAAUAGAGAGCAUCGAAAUUCGUGGAAGAUUGACCAUAUGAUGGCAACGUUAGUCUUCUAUGGCUCUGAUAUUUUGGAAAAUGAGAAGGAAUACUCCAGAAGCUGUCGAAAGCAUUGACCAAGACUCACUCACUGUUUCGAUACUUCUUCGUUGCUUCUUAUUCGAAGAUAGGAAUCUGCGGUGCACUAGGCAAACAGUAAGUCAUAAUUUUCAUUCUUAUAAAUGCCACUACUGUUACUCCUAUUAUUGAAACAAAAUUUGGAAAAGAUUUCUUCAAACAGCCACAAAGACAUGGAUGAGAGGUUGCAGAAUUUUGCCGUGGAAGGAAAUGUGGACGCAUUUUUUUCAGUACUUGCAGAGGACCCUUAUGUUUUGGAGCGUAUUGAUCAAGUGCCAUUUGUGACUACUCCCUUGCACACAGCUGCAAGGGAGGGAAAGUCCCACUUCGCCAAGGAAAUAUUGAACAUAAAGCCUUCAUUUGCUUGGAAGCGAGACCAUCUUGGGCGUAUUCCCCUCCAUUUGGCUUUGGAGGGGAAGCACCUGCGGGAAAGGCUUAGUCCCCGUGAUUUGGAUUUGGAGCAGAAGUACCAGGAACUUGUAACAUGGUUGAUAAAACAUGACUGUGAGGUUGUCCGUGCUAAAGCAAAGGGGAUGGUUACUCCUUUGCACUAUGCAGCUCAACUAGACGAUGAAUCCAGUUUGGCUGACUUUUUGUAUGUUUGUCCAUUAUCAAUCGAAGAUUUGACUGUUAAAUCUGAAACUGCUGUACAUGUCGCCCUCAAAAACGGGAGUUUAAAAGCCUUUAAAGUCUUGCUAGGAUGGCUUCAAUGCUUCAACAAAGAAGAGAUUCUGAAGUGGGAGGACGAAGAAGGAAACAAUGCAUUGCAUACUGCAGUAUCUGCAAAUCAACCUGAGAUGGCGAAGCUGUUGAUUGGAUACAUGAAAGUGAAUAUAAAGAACAGUAAAGGUUUGACAGCCUUGGACAUCUUCUACGAUCGCCAAGGUCAAGGUUUGGUAGAUGCAGCACUUGGGGACAUUCUACUUGCUGCUAAAGCUAAAAGUGCAUCUCAACUCCAUCGUCCUUCACAAAAAACUUCACUAGUCGAGAACUUUUCUUGUGGCUUAUCGUUUCCAGAAAGAAUUCUGAAAAGAUUUUCGCCGGGUUACCGAAGCGUAGAUAAAGUUCCUCUUGAAAUCCGAAACGUGUUACUUGUGGUGGCUAUAUUAAUAGCCACAGCCACAUAUCAAUCUGCACUAAGCCCGCCCGGAGGAUAUUGGCAAGAUGACGGCAAUCUGCAGCCCGCCAACAACGCUGGUAUCAGUAACUCCACCACCAAUGCUAUCAGUACCAGCACCAACACCAUCUUUAAUACAGAGCCUUCAAAACAACGUGCAGGGAAAAUCAUUCUGAAGUCUCCUUUACAAUUUAUUUUUUUGACAUGUAAUUCCUUGGCUUUUUUUCCAUCUGUGUGCUUAAUUUCGAUUCUCAUAAUUGGGCUCCCAUUUUAUCCAGUCAUUGUCUUGUCGACAUCUUUGAUGGCACUUUCGUUUUAUUGUGCUGUUCUUGAAACUUUUAACUUCAGGAGAAAAACAAUUUCCUCCUUGUUUGGCAUUUUGGUGGCUGUAGGUUAUCUUGCAAAAUAUUAUAUCCCAUUUUUUUUAUCUUAUCAACAUGCGAAGCUCAAACUGCAUGGCCGGCGGAGGAACCUGCGUUUGGGAAGCUUUGAACAACCUAAGAAGUGAAGUCAGCUUUAACUAAUGAUAGUGAAUUUGUAUAUUUUUGCUCCCUGUUAUUAAUGUUUUGUUGUUAGAGUCAGCAUUGUUUGUAAUGUUACACCUGCUUUGAAUAUAUUUAAUGGAGUUGUUUCUUUCAUCAUUA